AUGGUGAAUGAGGUCCAGAUACAGGUACCUGUGAAAAACGACUCCGAACACGCUGUGGAAGUGCAAGCUAAUGACAUACUCGCCAGACGGGCAGUAGUAGCACAAUUUCCGCAGGUGAAAGCGGAGCCGCUUAACCGUCCACUUACGUACGACGACAUCCGGAAACCGGAGUGUUUGAACACAGAGCAACAAACCGAGUUACUCAACCUCGUAAACGAGUACAGGAGCUGCUUUGCAUUAAAUAUGAGCGAAUUAGGGUGCACUGACCUAGGCACCAUGGAUAUCACCAUCAAACCAGGGAGCGAACCGUUUGCCGCCAAGCCAUACCGUGUAUCUAGGAACGAGAGGGAAGAAAUCCAACGUCACGUCCAGGUAUGGAAAGAUCACGGUAUUGUCGAAGAUUCGACUUCAGCCUAUGCUGCGCCGGUACUUCUAGUGCGUAAGAAGUCAGGGGAGUCGAGGUUAGUCGUGGACUAUCGACGGUUAAACGAUCAAACAGUGAAACAGGUCUACCCCCUACCAAACAUUGAUGACUUAUUGGAACAAAUGGCAGGUUACCGAAUGUUUACCGUAUUAGACCUGGCCCACGCCUACUUGCAAAUUCCAUUGACUGACGCUGCGAAACCAUUGACUAGCUUCAUCACACCAGAUGGAACAGGUCAAUUUACUCGCAUGGUAUUCGGGUUGAAAAAUGCCCCGUUUGAAUUUACCAAGGUGAUGGACCGAGCUAUAGGACGAUUGAAGAAUCGAAUAGUCAUAAAUUACUUCGAUGACUACUUCAUUCCUGCCAGGGACUGGGAGGAAAUGAAGGAACGCCUACGUCAAGUUCUAGAAGCACUCGUUGCCGCGAAGCUAACAUUACGGCCAACCAAAUGUAUAUUUGCUGUGAAAAGUAUAGAAUGUCUGGGCUUUGAAUUAUCAGCUGAUGGAGUACGUCCCGGAGUAGUGAAGCUGAGGGCAAUUGAAGAGUUCCCAAAACCCAAAAACAAACAUGAAGUUCGUCGCUUCAUGGGUCUAGCUAGUUUCUUUCGACGCUUCGUACCGAAAUUUGCAGAAAAGGCACGACCAAUUACUGAACUGACAAGGAAGGAAACAAAGUUCAAAUGGGGACCAGAACAACAGAGUGCAUUUGAACAGAUUAAGUUAGAUUUACUUAGUGAACCAGUACUGCAAUUGUUUGAUGCUACCAGGCCGACUGAGUUACAUACAGAUGCAUCUUGUAACGGACUGGCUGGCAUGCUGUUGCAGAGAGACGAGUCUGGAGAGCUACGUCUAGUGCACUGCUACAGUAAAAAAACCAGUGAGACGGAACGUCGCUACCACUCAAGUAAGCUGGAGCUCAUGGCGAUCGUGUGGGCCCUUGACAGGAUGCGCUCUUGGCUAAUUGGGGUACACGUCAUUAUCAUUACUGAUUGUCAAGCACUUGUCUACAUGAAUAGUCUUAAGUCGACCAACUCUCAGAUAACUCGUUGGUUUGACCUGAUCCAAGAAUUUGACGUGGAGGUGAGACAUCGUGCCGGGACAGCUAUGUCACAUGUGGACGCUCUCAGUCGAGCCCCUACUGAAGACAGCUCAGAUACAUUGGACGACCUGAUCACUGAACGAUUGGAAGUAUGUGUAGCUGUAACUGAAGAAGAGUAUGUCAAAGGGAUGCAGUACAGUGAUCCAGAACUACGAGAGAUCAUUGAAUCUCUAAAACAGGCGACAGCUAGUAAAAUAACAACCCAAAAUUAUAAAUUAAUUAAUGGUUUAUUGUAUAGAUUGGUGCAGUCAGCAACAGGACCCCGAAAGCUCUGGAUGGUUCCUAAGAGAAUGAGGAAAAGUCUAGUGGUCAAAUUCCACGACCUCAGCGGGCACUUUGCCGUCUCCAGGAUGAUGGAGCGCUAUUAUUUUCCACGUAUGAGAAUAUACGUAAAAGCUCAUAUCAAUAUGUGUCCAGAGUGUGCAAUAUAUAAGAAGUUGCGAGGGAGACAAGCGGGCAUGCUACACCCUAUAACUCCUGGUAAUCGCCCUUUUGAAACAGUCAACAUAGAUCACCUGGGACCAUUUCCAGUAAGUUCUAAGGGAAAUGCUUAUAUUUUAGUGCUGGUAGACAACUAUUAG